AUGACAUUCCCUACUGCAUUUGCCGAAACCACAAGAUUCUCCACCACCAGCGCCGAUCUCAGAUACCGUGUGUUGAACCUUUACAGAAGAUACCUCAGACACUCGAGGGAAUUUGUCAACAGUUAUGAUUUAGACAUCCCAGCAUACCAAGUCAAGACCAAGAUCAGACAGGAGUUUGAAAGACACAGAUUUGUUCAAGAUCUUGCCACCAAGAACGUUCUCUACAUGAAAGGCCAAAUGGAGUUCCAAGAGUUGGUCAAUUUCUGGAAACAACAAUGUCAUGUCAUGCAAUACUUUGAGGACUUCGAACACUACAGCACCACCAGUGGCAACAGCUUUGUGCAAAAAUUCUUAAAGGGUGCCAACUAA